UGUGUGUGACGUCACAGAGCCUUUGGCGCGAUGUGCUACAAAUUUGAAAAUCCGAAGGCGGACACACACUGUUUGUCCACAGACGGGACGAAAAGACAUAAAAACAAGUGGACAAACUUUGGUCCUCGACCGGCGACAUUGCGGCGGACGGGAAAGCGACUACCAACAAAAUGUCGUGGGACUUUUUCCUGCCCGUUUGUGUGGGCGACCUGGUCAAGUCUGGAGGAAUAAACCAAUACGUCGUGCAAGAUGUGGUCUCCCCGAAACAGCUCCCGUCCUAUCUUAGCAGAUUCAAGGCAGCAUUGAGAAGCCAAGGGCCUUUGUGCAUUCUAGAACACUUUGACACAGCAUACAGUGUAUUACAGCAUACCCACUCAGUGGAUUUGAGUGUGAAGGAGGACACACUGGAAUUGCUGGUGCAAGUUGUUAACAGCCUGGCGACUUCCCUACCCGUCCUGCUUCUCUCCACCUCUGUCUCGGCGGCAGAGCGUAAGGAAAAGCUCAACGCUGUUAAGAUGAGUGUAUUCCUUCUCUGCAAAAUCACAGAGUACCUCGAAAGUGACUCCUACAGGCAGAGCAUUAUCACGACAUCUGGAAAGAGUGGUAAAAAGACCAAAACUGGCGAGCGACUUUUGCAGUGGGACAGUGAAAGGGACAGUGUUCUUCAGGCCCUCGUGCAGCUCCUCCAGUUGGAUAUCCGUUCCCUCUGGAACCUCUCUCUGGUAGAGGAAGAGUUUAUCAGCUGCGUGACCUGUUGUUGCUACAAACUACUCGAGAAUCCGACCAUCAGUCACGUCAAGAGCAAACCCACCAGAGAUGGUAUUAUCCAUUUGCUUGGAGUGCUGAUCAAGAAGUACAAUCACCUCCUUGGCGCAAGUGUGAAGGUGAUCCAGUUGCUGCAGCAUUUUGAGCAGUUGUCAUCUGUCUUUGCGCAAGCUGUGUGCGUGUGGAGUACAGAAUAUGGAAUGAGAGCAAUCAUAGGAGAAGUAAUAAGGGAGAUUGGCCAAAAGUCAAGCGAAGAGCUUGCCAGAGAGGGGUCAGGGGUCAAAGCAUUUGCUGCUUUCCUCUCUGAACUUGGUGCUUUGUUACCAGAAUUACUGAUCCCCAACAUUAGUGUGCUUAUUACCCACCUGGAAGGAGAGAGCCACACAAUGCGCGUGGCCGUGUGUGAGGUACUGGGAGAGAUCCUGAUGCAUGUCCUGUGCGGCGACAAGCUGGACGAGUCCGGAAAGGCUGACCGGGACCGCUUCUUUGACACGCUGCAGGAGCAUCUGCACGACACGCACUCCCAUGUCAGAGCGCGCGUAUUGCAAGUGUACACGCGUAUUGUCAACAGCAAAGCAUUGCCGCUUUGUCGCUACAGUGAGGUGAUGAGUCUCGCUGUUGGGCGCCUGAUGGACAAAUCCAUCAAUGCUGUGAAGAGCGCCAUCCAGCUGCUGGCAGCCUUCAUAGCACACAACCCCUACAGCUGCAAGUUGAGCAGCGCCGAUCUGAAAAAACCUUUGGAGAAAGAGAUGGCUAAGCUCAAAGAGAUUAAAGAUAAACUGAUGGAGAAGACACCAGUGCCUGUCAUUAAAGCGUCAGAGCUGUGGGAUGCCAUGGAACCUGAGUUGCACGUCACUGUCCUGUCUGAGCUGGACCUGUUCGGUGAUGCUGAGAGGAAGAAACCUAAAGACGAUGAUGAUGAGAAUGUGGUGGAUGACGACAGGGCCACAGCAGUGAUGAUAGCUCAGUACCUGCGGGUAAACAAGUACAGGAAUGCGGUGCGUCUUUGUGUAAAAGCCCACAGUUGCUUCCCCAAAUCGGAGAUGUUUGCUGCCCUGUCUACUCUCACUCCAGAGACUCUAAUGAACACGCUGGCUCUGCUCUUCAAAGGGUCUGAUAAGGAUUCUUCUGAGCCCAGCCACAGCUUGCCUCCCACUCCACAGAAGGAGGGCGAUCAAGAGGCAGACGAUGCAGAGCUGAAGAAGCAGGAGAUGUUGGUGCAGUACCUGAGAGAUACAGAAACAUUCGCCCUUCAAGUGGAGAGGGCCAUCUCUGUCAUCAACUCCAUGCUCUACUGGAAAACCACUUCAGUGGUUCAGGAGGCAGUGCAGUUUUGCGUUGCGGUGUGCGAGUUCAGUGUUGCCAACUCUCUCAGCGGAGUAAGGAAGAUGUUGCCAUUGGUUUGGUCGACUGACGCUGCCAUCAAAGAUGCUGUUGUCCAGGCUUACAGGCGCCUCUAUCUCAACCCCCAAGGAGAGACCACCAGGAUGAAAGCUCAGACUCUUGUGGAUAGUCUUUCUGAACUGAUGGUGGAUGCAUCUCUGGGAACAAUUCAGUGUCUUGAGGAAAUUGUGCAGGAGUUUUUUGGCAGUGGCAGCAGUUUGGAGUCGACUGUUGUGCAGGUUUUAUGGGAAAGGUUUACUGGUAAAACUGAAACCUCUGCUCUGUGCAGGCGAGCUGCAGUGCUUCUGCUAGGCAUGGCUACACGAGCUGAAAGGGAGGUGGUCCUCAGUAAUUUGGACACUCUUUGUUCUGUGGCUUUGGGGGAAAAAGUGACUGAGGACUUUCUUUUGGCAAGGGACACCAUUAUCACCAUCUGCAACAUAACCGACCACAUUAGGCAAUCCAGAGGUGCACCGUUCAGACUGCCUCAGGAACAUCAGCUCUUCACCUGCCUCACACAUGCAAUCGCUGAAGGUGCCAUGAUGGAGGACACUCACUGGCAGAGCUUCAUGGAGCAAGCCGUCCGCCUCAUCUACUUUCUGGCUGAAUGCCCCGACCAGCUGUGCUCUCGGCUGCUCCAGCGCACCACCCGACUUCUUUUAGAUCAAGUUGCAGAAGGCCAACAGGUCAACAACGAUGGCAAUCAAAUACAAGAUGAUGAAGAGUCUGGUGAACAAGUGAACAGUGUGUGUCUGGCUCAGUUGCUGGCCCUGUGCGGUUCUGUGGCCUUCUGGCAGGUGUCUCACCUUGAGCGUAGUGUAAGCAGUGAGCUGCGAAGGCGCAGAGGAGAGACUGAGGAGAGGGAGGAAAAGGAAAAGGGCCCAUCCAGCAAAGUUAAGCAAACAAUCAAUGACAGCACAAUGGAGGAGGAUCUGGGCUUAGUCGGCGCCUCUGCAGAAGACACAGAGGCCGAGCUCAUCCGCAAGAUCUGUGAGACGGAAUUACUGGCUGAGGAGAACCUCUUGUGUGCGUUUCUUCCCUUGCUAGUGAAAGUCUGCAGCUCCCCUGGACGCUAUUCCCACCCACAGCUCACCACUGCUGCUUGUUUGGCCCUGUCACAGUACAUGAUGAUUAGUCCGUCCGUUUGCGAGGAGCAUUCCCGGCUAAUGUUUACAGUACUGGAGCGCUCUGCUCUUCCUGUCGUCAGGGCCAAUGCCAUCAUUGCCCUGGGAGAUCUCACCGUCCGCUUCCCUAACAUUUUAGAGCCCUGGACACAGAAUUUAUAUGCAAGGCUCAGUGACGAGGUUCCCUCAGUGAGGCAGACAGCCGUGACGGUGCUGACACAAUUGGUGCUUAAGGAUGUUCUUAAGGUCAAGGGUCAAGUCAGUGAAGUGGCCGUGCUGCUAAUUGACCCCGAGCCUCACAUUGCCAGCCUGGCCCUCAACUUCUUCAAUGAGCUGGCCACCAAGGAUAAUGCAAUUUACAACCUGCUUCCGGACAUCAUCAGUCGUCUAUCCGACCCUGAGAGAGGCAUGAGCUCUGAGGACUUCAACACCAUCAUGAAGCAGCUCUUCUCCUACAUCACCAAAGAGAGGCAGACCGAGUCUCUGGUGGAGAAACUUUGUCAUCGCUUCAGGACUGCCAGGACGGAGCGUCAGUGGUGUGACUUAGCCAUCUCUCUGUCCCUGCUGUCCAUGUGUGAGCGUGGCUUCAAGAGGCUGCAGGAGUGCUGGGAGUGUUACAGUGACAAGCUGACUGAGCCCGGCGUUUAUCAGCCCCUGCUCGCCAUCACUGCCAAGCUGCGACGCGGUGCCAAGCUCCAAUUCAAGAGCCAAGUAGACGAGUUCGAGAAGCGGCUGACGGCGGUCCACACACGCGGCUUGGAGAAUGUGGAAAGUCCUGAUAUGAAUGAAGAGGACCAAAAAGAGGGACAAUCUUCUGAUAAGACACUUAUGCGGAAGUCUAAGAGAGGUAAAUCAAAGCAGUCAGUUUGCAGCCGCGAUGACAGUUUUGUGACUCCUCGAAAAACUCGCAAGUCAAAGAAACCUGCUAUUACUUUCUCCAGUGAUGAGGAGGAGGACGAAGAGGAUGCUGUUUUGACGGAGAGCGAGACCCCUAAAGUCACCACGCCAAUUUCCCGCACAUCUCGCCGAUCUCGCCUCAGAAACUGAUUUUACUUUGUUUGUUUUUUAAUACUGUCUCUUUUAAAAAUCCUUUUAUUGUUCAACAUUUUUCAUAUUUUACUUGUGUUUGUUUUUAGAUAACCUUGUAUAUUUUUUAAACUGUCAUUUUUGCUUAGCAAGCACCGAUUUAAUUAUGUGCAGAGAAGUUGGAGUCAGGACAUAAUUGUAAUAAACCCGCACCAGGUGUGGUUGGUUCAAAA